UUUUGCUCUUUAUUUGAUGGGAGUUCCUAAAGGGUGGGACUGUGAGAGUGUUUUGGUGUGCAAUUUGCGAGCGAGUCGAAAGGGGCAAGAAUGGAAGACGAGCAAGCUCCGGAAAAGGCAGAAUUCAUCCCUGCAAAGGAUUCCGAAGACGAAGAAAAAGGUGGCAGCGAUUGCAAGCAGCAAUCUUCACUCAAAUGCUGCACUUGCAGAGUUUGCUGUAAAGUUCAGUUGGUCUUGCUAGUGCUGCUGUUCGUCCUGGGAGCUGCGGCAGGCGGUUUCCUUGUCCGGCAUUUUUUCUUUUUCAAGUGCGAUAAAAGUGAUGCCAUGAGCGAGCAAGCAGAAAAAGCUCACUUGGAGAAAGCCUAUAUCGAAGCGCUGGGCAAAGUUUCCAUUUCAGAGCUAAAGAAAAACUUGAAAUAUUUCUCGAGUGUUCCACGUUUGGCAGGGACGAACGGAAGUUACCAGCUAGCACUGUACCAGGAGAAAGAGUUCAAGAGUUAUGGGUUUGAUAAUGUGGAGCUGAAGAAAUACGAAGUGUUACUUUCCUACCCAAACAAACCAGGGUUCGUAGCGCUGCUCUACGCCAACCAUACAGAGCAGCAUAGAUCAGCAGAACAAGAGCGAGUGCUUGACGCGUCCGAGAACCACACUGACAGGGUGUCCCCUUUCAACGCGUACUCGCCAUCGGGGGACGUUAAGGGGAAACUAGUCUAUGUUAAUUAUGGUCGCGAAGAAGACUUCAAAUACCUGAAAGACAACAACAUUAACGUGACUGGGAAGAUUGUCAUUGCGAGAUAUGGAAAACUCUUCCGAGGUGGAAAGGCUCAGAAUGCAGAGAGGCGCGGAGCCAAGGGCCUGAUCCUCUACUCCGAUCCCGCCGACACCGGGGGACAGGAAAAGACCUAUCCAGACGGCAUGGCCCUCUCUCCGGACGGCGUGCAGAGGGGCAACCUGUGGAUGGAGAAAGGAGAUCCCCUCACCCCAGGAUACCCCGCAACAGAUGGCAUUUAUCGUCGACCGGAAGCGGAAGUACCUUUUCCAAAGAUUCCGGUGAAACCAAUCUCAUGGGAGGACGCCGAGCCUCUACUUAGAUCAUUGACUAAAGGAAAUGCACCCGAUGAGUGGCAGGGAGGCCUGGUCACCAAGUGCAAAAUAGAGAUGGAUGACAGUGAUGAAAGAAAUGUUCGUGUGUUUGUUGACAACAAGCUUGAAAAACGAAGUGUCCAUAACGUCAUCGCCACAAUUAACGGCGACGAAGAACCAGAUCGUUAUGUCAUACUCGGUUCCCAUCGCGACGCCUGGGUGUUCGGAGGGGUGGACCCCAGCACCGGACAGACUGUACUGAUGGAGACUGCUCGUCUUGUUGGACACCUUCGUAAGGAAAGUUGGCGUCCUCGCCGAACCAUCAUCUUUGCAAGCUGGGACGCUGAGGAGUACGGGAUUCUCGGGUCUGCCGAGUGGGUCGAGGAAAACGAGAAAAUCCUGAGUUCUCGUGCGGUCGCGUACAUCAACAUCGAUAGUGCGGUCACAGGUGCUGUCAGUUUUAGAGCUAAAAGUCACCCCCUACUGGACACAGGGAUUUUUGAAGUCACAAAGAAGGUUAAUGGUAUUGGUAAUUCAACUGAUAAUCUUUACGAAGAAUGGAAGAGGGAUGUACCAGAUGCUAAAAAUGAGCACCCGAGUGUUGAGACCAUUGGAUCUGGAAGUGACUACCUCUUUUUCAUUCAGCGAAUCGGAAUACCAUCAAUUGAUUUCAGAUUCGUUGGAAAUUCGUCUUCCUACCCUGUAUACCACACUCUCCACGAUACCUACCAUUACGUCACGAAGUUCCUGGACCCUGACAUGCGCCUUCAUGCUGCCGUCACCAAAGUCGCACUGCGCAUGCUCAUGAAACUCGCAGACUCACGUGUGGUCCCCCUGGACGUGAGGAGACUGGCCCGAGCAAUAGAUUCUUAUGGGAAGACUCUCAAUGAGACGUACUCUGAUGACCUGGCCAAGCAGAGCAUUACGCUUAAAUACGUCUUCGAGGCGAUCAGUGAAUUUAAGGACGCAGCGGAAGAUUUCUCAAAGUAUCUUGAAAAACUUGACACCAACGAUGCUGUGAAGGUGAUGAGAGCCAACGAUCGACUCAUCCAAUUGGAUCGCGCCUUCAUUAACACAGAAGGUCUCCCCAACAGGCCAGCAAUCAGGCACCUGGUGUACGCGCCAAGUGUGUUUAACCUCUACGCCGGUAGCAACUUCGCGGGUAUCACUGACUCCAUCUACGAGGCGAAGCACAACGGCAAGGACUGGGAACAAGUGAAGAAGCAGAUCUCCAUGGUGGUGCACGCAAUGCGGUCAGCAGUCUCCAUAUUCAAGCCACUGCCAGCCUGAGCAUGCACCAUCAUCGCACCCUGACCAGCGUUAGCUGCAUUGCAAGCAUGUGCAGUGAAGUUUAGGGAUUUAUAAUAUUCAUGACUCCGCACACCCUUAUUUAGAAAUGCUUUUUUCAUGUUCCUCUUUGCAAUCUACAAGGUAACCAAGCCUUAUUUUAAGGCAAAGGUUAACACGGCAUUGUUUGAGACUCGUAAAAGAAUGGUUUUAGGCCAAUUUUGCCUCCUAGGGAGGGACCUGUAAAUGAGCGUAGUACUUGCAUUUUCGGCUUCAGCAAUAUAAUACAAACUAUAUGGAGCAAAACAAAUCAAAUUCCCAUAACUCGUACUUCAUACAUGAUAACUUGGAACAGGCUAGUUUUAACAACUUUCAUGAAAACAGGAAUAGUCAAGUUUCUCCAUAUGGAUAUAAACUCAUGGUCAUAAACUCACACGAACUCCAAAUAUCGAUUAUAAUAUCCUUGCAGUUUUGGAUUAAUGAUAAAUGUAGCCUUCAUUCACAUAGUGUUUUCGACAAGAAGGAAAAUCUUUUACUAAAACGCGAAAAUCAACCAACGAAGUAGUUAGAUCACUUGAACAAGGAAAUUCUUGUGAGAGAAAUCACGAUAUCAUCGAUGUAUCACGCUGUGUCACGCCACUGUCAUGGUCACAGUAUUUAAUGUCACGCCAUAGUGACGUUUUUUUUGCAAUCUCUUAGUGAGGUUUUGUUGGUUUUGCAUACCAAGGAUACGAUAACUAUGAUAGCGUCAUAAAUAUCGAAUAAACAAAAACUACCCUUGACAGUCA